AUGCCUCUCAUCGCCAACCCUGAAGAAAUUGCCAACAAGACCUUCGACUAUGUCGUCGUCGGCGCAGGUACCGCUGGUUUGACCCUUGCCACUCGCCUCACCGAAGAUGAGAAUGUUAGCGUCCUCGUCCUCGAGGCCGGUAUCCGCCACCACGGAGACCCCAACAUCGAUGUCCCGGCCCAAUACGGUGCUACUUUCAUGCAACCCAAGUACGACUGGGCCUUCAAGACUGUCAAGCAAAAGCACUCCAACGACAAUGAACACGUCUGGGCUCGUGGCAAAGGCCUUGGUGGAAGCUCAAACAUGAACUUCUUCUGCUGGAUCAAGCCUCCUGCGGAGGAUGUCGAUGCUAUUGAGAAGCUUGGCAACCCUGGCUGGAACUGGGCCGAUUAUGAAGCUUACUCCAAGAAAUCUGAGACGUUCCACCCUGCAGUCCCCGAGAUUGCUGAGAAAUACCCUCAUACCUACAACGCGAAGUUCCGUGGAACCUCGGGGCCCAUUCAAGUGACCGUACCCCUCCAUGCCCACACGCUUGACGAGAUCUGGCAAAACACACUCGCUAAUAAGGGCGUGAGGAAAAUCGAGGACCCCUAUGGUGGGGAUAUCACGGGAACCUGGAUCGCUGCUAACAACGUCGAUCCGAAAACAUGGAAACGCUCCUACUCCGCCACUGCCUACUGGGAGCCUAAUCAACACCGUCCUAACCUUCACGUGAUCACCGAGGCUUAUGUUACCCGUAUCGUCUGGGCGGAUGAGAAGGAUAGUGAGGGCAACCUGGUUGCUACUGGGGUCCAGUUCGUCCAUGGCAGCACCGAAAGGACCGUUCUGGCGUCCAAGGAAGUCGUCUUGAGCGCUGGUACGGUGAAGACUCCCCAGAUCCUCGAAUUGUCCGGCGUCGGUAAACCAGAGAUCCUCAGCAAGUUUGGUAUCGAUACCAAGUUGAACCUUCCGGGCGUCGGCGAGAACGUUCAGGAGCACCACUUCAUGUGGGUGAUCUACGAGUUGGACACUACCAAGGGUGACCAUCAAACUCUCGAUAUGUUCUUCGAACCUGGCUACGUCCAAGAAUCCCUGAAGCUGCAUGCCGAAGGCAAAGGUCUCCAUCGUACCGGUAUCACUUCCUUUGCCUUCUUGCCCUUAUCGAGCAGAGACCCGAAGGCCGCGGCUGCCUUGAUUGAUGAGCUCGAAGCUGACCUCAAGAAGAAGAAGGAGAGCGGAGAGAUCUCGCCUGCUCUUGCCAAGCAAUAUGACAUCCAACUGGAGAUUCUUCGCAAUGACAAGGUUCCUGACAUGGAAUUCAUUGUGUUCCCUGGUUAUUUCAUGUGUCCCGCGAGCCAGGGUACUGGUCGACGAUUCAUGACCGUCAUCUCUUCUUUGAACCAUCCAAUCUCGAGAGGGUACAUUCACAUCAAGAGCAACAACCCCCUCGAUGAUCCUGAAAUUGACGCCAACUACUUUGGUCACAACUUUGAUCUCAAAGUUCUUUUGGAACACGUCAAGUACAUUCGCUCUCUGGAAGAUACCGAACCUUUCAAGUCGCACACCAUCAAGGAGGUUGUUCCCGGUCCCGAAUGCGCCAGCGACGCUGAUAUCGAGAACCACAUCAAGAAUUCGCAUAUUACCACUUUCCACACCGUUGGAAGCGCUUCGAUGUUGCCUCGAGAGGAUGGUGGUGUCGUUGACCCCAAGCUCAAGGUCUAUGGCACCAAGAACCUCCGCGUUGCUGACCUUUCCAUCGUUCCCCUUCACAUCGCUGCUCACAUGCAAGCCACUGCCUAUGUGAUCGGAGAGAAAGCUGCUGAUUUGAUCAAGGCGGAUGCGAAGUAA